CAAAACGGAAGGAAUAUUUACAAUUGGCGCCGAAUAGAAGUAAAAUGUUGAUUGGGUCGCGGGAGAUUAAUUAAUAUUAAAUUUUUAAAAAUAAAAGUUUAUUCCGAAAUUUUAAAAUGGCGUCGCGCAAAGACCAUGCUAAAAUGUUAAAACAAUCUGUAGGAUCCUACAAAAAACACGUAACUAUUCGCAAUUUUGAGGUUAAAGUCUCUCGCAUAAAUUAAUCAUCCAUUCUCGAACAAAGGAACAAGUAACAGCCCAGCCAAAUGUUUUCAUGGCUAUCUUUUUGGCUGCACUAUCAUCGUUAAAACUGGAAUUAAGAUCGGACAUAUAAAACUUAAUUAACGAAUUUGAUAACCCAGAGGAAACAGUCACAAAGUCAAACCAAGAAUUUCAAAAGUGCAUUAAUAAAAACGACACAGUAGAGAAAGGCGAAUUAAAAACGUCAGUAUUAUACAGAGCUCAGCUAUUCAAGAUGGGGAACCACUAGUAAGUAAUAAUAAUUAAAGUACUAUGGAAACUAAACAUGGAGAGGUUCCUAAAAAUGUACAAAGUAUUGAAAACAUUGUAGUUGAUGAUAAUGAACAUUUGGAUGAAAGUCCUACUGAUGAAGAAAUAAAGGAUUGUGGCGCAACUGUUAUUUCAGAAGGAUCCAUGGCCGAAAUAGUCAAUGAUAGUGAGCCAUCCGGAGCUGAGAAAGAGAAGAACAUUUAUGAAGGAAAAGAAACAUUAAUUGAAAAGGAAUUAUUGAAGGAAGAUGAGUUUAGGUCUGAUUACAUCAACCCUAAUUUGCCAGUAGUAGAUGAGACUGAUGUUGACAUAAGUGAAGCAAAUAAAGGAAAAACUUUAACCGACAUCACAACUAAUGAUAAACAUUCAAAACCUAAGGACAAUGGUAUAUACAUCAGUGAUUCAGAAGAAAUUAAAGCUGAUAAGGGACCUUACCGAAUAAAACAAAAACUUGGCGCUAUAGACCCAGGUUUAGGAUUAUGAUAAAAUAAUAUUUUGGAAAUUUAUGGUUACAAACACAAGCAUCGUCAUAUGGAUAUAAAAUAAAAAAUUAAUAAAUAGAUAAAUAAUAUUAAUAAACAAACUGGUUUAAUAAUGAAUAAUAGGAAUUACUCGUAAUUUUUUUUUCUAUGGUAGAUAUAAUCUAUUUUCUUUGUUAAAUUUUGUACACAUUUAAGCCCAUGCUGCGCCUCAACACCAGCCGACAUUGUCAGGUAUUGGGAGUGACAUUACCCAGCCGGCACCCCCGACGGUUAAUGGUUUUUCCAACAUGAUAUCAAGUAAUCUUUACAAUCUGAUCCACCCCCUUUUCACCUUUCUCUAAUAAUUUAACUAUAGGCACCUUGUCAAUUGGCAUAGCACUGACUGAUAACCGAAACUCAUCUGUACCUCGUUCAAAAGUUUUCAUUCCAGGAUAUACAAUGUACAGAACAGUACACGGUGGAACAGCUAUACUGAUCAAAGCAUCACUCAAACAUUACUCGGUAAACCUACCCAUAACACCAAACAUACAGGCAACAGGUAGACAGAACAGCUAUGCACAUACUUCCUGAUCUUUCCUUUCACAUAGAUUUUCCCCAUUCGUCAGGUCUCUGUAAUUUCGUCUAUUUGACCAGCUCUAACAGGAAUGCCUCAAGCUUUUAUAAUCGCACCUUUGCUAUACAUUAUAUACACACACGAUAUACCAGACAGUCCCAACAUUCUAACUCUAACAUUCUAAGCGACAUUGGCAGACGGCACUGCAAUAAUAACAAUACCCUAUGCAGGCCUCACUAAUGCUAUAACAUCAAUUAAAUAAACUAAAAGAUUGGUGCAGGUUGUGGAAAAUAUGAUUACAAUAUGACAAAUGCCAACACAUCACAUUUACUUUAAGAUGUGAAACUUGUUCUCCCGCAUACUUCAAUAAUACAUCAUUUCCAUAAACAGACAAGGUCAAUGCCCUAGGGCUUACAUUUGAUAGAAGAUUGACUUAGGACCUACACAUUAAUAAAAAACUUAAGACGUUAAAUCAACGAAGUAAACUAUUAUACUUAUCACUCACACCCCAAUAAAAAUUAAAGCUAAAACAGAAACUUGCUAUCUAGACAUACUUACUAAAGCAAAUUUGGUCUUACACAUCUCAAAUUUUCAGUUCUCCCAAAAAGACAAAGACCAUCCCAAUCCAACAUAAUUAGACUCAUUACACAAGCAUUUUGAUACGUUUUCAACACUUUACACGCUGGCCUAAGAAUGACAAAAGUCAGCGAAUACAUACUGACUCACUUCAAAAGAUUUCAUGACAAUUUACAGAGACAUGGCAGUCAUUUAAUAGUAAGAAUGGCCACUACCAGUAUGUCUGAAAAGAUCGUGGAUGAGAGACCUGUAAUUUUUUUAUUGUCUAAAAUAAUGGCGUGGAAUUCAUAUAUCUGGUUAUUUUUCUUCUUCAUGCCUGACAUGCCAUUAUUAUAUUGUACUAAUGAUUUGACAAGAUAUCUACUGAUUGUAUAUUUUGUAUUAGACAGGGCUGGGUGAAUAAAUAAAGUUAUAAAAAAAUAUAUCAAUUUUUUUUUAAUCUUGUUUAUGACCACACUCCUCUUGUGACCUCAUGACGUCUGAAGCAAUCGGUGCUUCAUUUUUACUGCAGCUCUGCUUCUGCCGACCUCUUUGGGCAAUCGGUCGUCCAAGUUAGAUACUAAAUAUCGAGCCGGGUUUUUUGAAACAGAGACAAAUAUAAAAAAGAAAGAUUGAUAGAAAAUUGUAGUUUAGUCGCUAACAUACAAAAUGUGCAAUUUUCACCUAGUGGCAUAACAAUUGUCUAGACCCUCGCUGCAUUAUAUUAUUUGUGCUGGAGUUGCAACUCUAAGUUUUUAUUAAUUGGUAAGCAUAAUUUUAUUUUUUGUAUUUUUCGUUUAUAAAAAUUAACUUUUUUCUUUAUUCUGUAAUUAAUUUUUCUGCAUCUGCUUUUCUCAUUUUUGUAUAACGUUACUUUUCUUUUGUAUAUUUGUUAAAUUUUAUUACUCAUAGCUUUUGUAUUUUUUCUCCCCAAAAUUAAAGUGUAUAUUUCUAUUGUUAAUGAUGCAUUUAUUUAAUGAACCUACCAGAAUUCCUUAAAACCAUGCUAAUAAAGAUCUCUAUUUGAUUAACAAUGUCUGCCACUUCACGAAACUGAUGCUUUAAAUACUUCUUUCUAGGGUUUUUAGAUCUGAGUGGUCUUCUUGGUAUUGGAGCUCUUCUUUGAGUUUCUAGGUUCCAUUAGUAAAUAAAAUAUUAAAUAUGUGUAAGAACUAUGGUAAAUCCUUUUUACAUACUAACUGAGGUAACCAAUCGUCUGACAGAAUGAAGAUCCCUACGGUUGUCAUUAAUGUGGUCCUCAAUGCCUGGAAUGCUAAGCAGGUAACAUGAAUAGUUGCUCUACAGUUUCUGAGACACCACAAAUUGGAGAUAGAGAAUCUUCAUCGUUGCCAAGACUAUACAGUUUGAUUUGAAAUCCUCCAUGCCAAAUGAGAAAUUGUGAAAUACUAUCAUCC